GGCGGCAGCCGGCCGCGUCGGCGGACUCGCGAGUUCGCGUCUUCAGGAAGCAGCGUGACGGCUUUUAUCGCGCCAACAGUUAGCAUAGCAUAAGCGAGCAAACGAGUCGCGGCUUAUCGCAGCCACCAGCACCGAGAUAGACGCGGCCUCCCUUCGGCUGAGCGAUAUGUUCGGGUGGUGUACGAGACUGGCGGCGCGGCUCUCUCUCGGCGCGCUUCUCUUUCGUCAUCGCCAGCUGUUUUGGAGAGUGGGGCAACGCCGGGGUUUCCACUGGGCCGACGCGUACGCUACGAUCUCGUUGUAUCGACGAUGAACGCGCGUCGUCGAUGAUGGACAGCGCCGCUUCGUCCCCUCGCAAGGACCCCGUGAGGCUCGGUCCGGUGCUGGAGGAGAGCGUGGCCUCCACUUCGGUGGUGCUGUGCCCGCCGUGCGACACCGAGAACGGUCACCUGAGCUGGCGCGAGCGAUGGGUGCCGUUCUUCCGAGGCCUAGGCCUCGAGUCAGUGCUCUUCCUGUACACAAUCACGUUCGCCAUGCGCUUCGUAGUCACCCAGCAGCUGUUCAUCACCAAGUCGUGCCUGUCUGCCUACCCGGACGAUGUGUGCGCCACGCUAAGCCAGCAGAACUCCAGCGUGCGCGACACCGUCACCCGCAACGCCAACAUUCACAACCUUCUGCUGGUGCUCGCCGAGUUUGUUCCCGCCGCAGUGAUGUCAGUGUUCCUCAGCUCGUGGUGUGACAAGCACGGUAACCGCAUUCCUUUGCUGCUGAACCUGUGUGGUGCGUUUGUGCUCGACGCCGGCACCAUCGUCACUGUGCUGGUGUUUUCGGCGCCGAUGUACGUGAACGUGAUACUCGGUCUUUUGUGCGGCAUGACCGGUGGAUUGGUGUGCAUGACCGCCAUCGUUGAGAGCAACGCAUCGCGCUCGUCGCGCGAGGACAUGCGCGCCGUGAAAUUCCUGGUUGUCAUGAGCGCCCUGCUGGUGGGCGUCCAGCUGGGGCAGGUGAUCUCGGGCGAACUGUUUAGCGCGGGCGGAUACCUGCCCGUGUACUGCGUCUCCGUUGGCAUAGUUGUGUGCAGCAUGCUGGUUGUACUAGUGUUUAACGCCGGAACCUCAUCGUCGACGUCUCGCCUGAGUGACAUGCUAAAGGACCUGCGGAUGCAUAACUUCAAGGAGGGCUUUGAUGCAGCCUUCGGAUGGAGACCGCACGGACUCCGGCACCGCCUCGUGCUGCUCGCCCUUUCCCUCGGUGUGAUACUCUUCAACGCAGAGACCGGCAAGAGCAUCUCCUUCUACUUCUCUCUUCGGCGCUUUCAUUGGAGCGUCACCAUGUACUCCAACAUGGCGGCUGGUUUCGGGGCGCUCGACAUCGUAUGCUCGGGCCUCUUCAUCGGGUUCUGCAGUCGUGUGCUCAAGCUGCCUGACUUGGUGAUGGCCAUGGCUGGCAUAUUCUCUAUGACAGCUUUUCUCGUCAUCAAGGGCCUCUCGCGUGAACCAUGGAUGUUUUACAUGGGUUGCGCCAUUGGGUCCCUGAGCAGCGUCACACCCGUCGCCAUUUUGUCCAACGUGUCAAAACUGAUCAGCAAGGACGAAGCUGGCAAGGUAUUCUCCUUCUGGAGCUCCUGCGAGUCCCUGGUGCCGAUCGCGGGCAACCUCUUCUCCAGCCUGGUGUUCAACGCCGUCCUCGAGAUUGACGCUGGCCUGCCCUUUUUCAUCUCUGCCGCUCUCAUGGUCGUACCGCUGUGCGCUGUCAUGUACUGCUUGUACAAAGAAGUGGCCAUCUACUCGACGCUUUCUCGAAACUACUUGGACUGCGAGUCAGAUGCCAGGAAUGCUGACAUGUCCGGGCCAUCCUAGAAGAGUGAGGGCACACUUCUAGCAUAAUCUGCCAGCCGCUGCUCUUGAGGCCUGCAGGGUCUUCCGUUGCCAUGCGCCAGCCAAAUGUUCACAAGCCGCGACACGAGUCCCACGCCUUAACCACUAUGUCGUGCAGGAACUGUUGGUGUCGCCAAACUUCAGCUCUAUAGUGUGUUCUGGGUUGGGGCGACUUGGGGAUAUUGUGAAAAACCUUGUUGGACAAGUUAGUGACUACUUAAUGAAAACUGUGAUGAUUUUUUAUGUUAACCAGUUUCCGUAAAAGUUUUCCGCAUAUUUCAACUUGGGCACAAUGGCACAUGCCAAACUGUACUGCUAUGUAACCGCUGAUCGAGGGCUCGUUUUCCUCCUUUCGUACGUCAAAAUGAAAGCCAAUGAUGCAGAAACUUUUUCAAGAUUUUACCUGUACUUUGUUAAUUAUGAAAUCAUUGUAAAUAAAUUUAGGUUGGAUGAAGACUUUUCGCAAGUACCGUA